AUGGAGGAGCUACACAACAGACUUGCUGCAAUGCUUGAUGAAAACACCUCUCUCAAGCGCAAAAUCAUCGAUAUGCAACACACAAUCGACUCAAAACAACACGAGUUGUUAAUCGCAAGAGAAUCACACGACACAUCGACACAUCUUAAGAGAAUAGCUGAACUCGAGCAAGAAAACGCUCGGCUGAUGAAUAUGCACUGCUGCAAGCAUAUUCAAUCUAAUCAGAACGUAGAAAAUAUAAAUCCAAUAGCUCAAGAAAGCAGGAGCACCAUAAAAGUCAAUUCAGAUACAGACAGCAGGAUCCAGUCUAUUAAAAACAAGCACGAAGGUUCAGAAGAGCUCCGCAGAUACUUAAAGACAAUUCGAGAAUAUGUAACCGGACUCACUGGCUACAAGAUGGAGUUUAGAGAUGGUGAAAUUGUAUUUCAUUCGCUAUAUGCAUUCGAUACAGAAGACGUAUUCAUCUUCAGGUACAAGUCAGGAAGUAUGGAACUUGUUAACAACGAAUUCGCAAGUACAUGGACUGCAGAAAUACAAAAUUAUCUGAUUGCAGGAAAGUCCAUUCCUGCAUUUCUUGCUGCUGUAACCCUUGAUUUAUUCAACAAAAAGACAUUUGGAUAG